UCUCUCUCUCUCAAUAGGAUUUGUGAGUGAGAAAAAGGAAAAGGAAUGGAUAUGUCUGCAACCCUUCGAAUUGAGAGGACAUCAUCCAUUGAGAGUGAGCCUCGAACGCUUACCAUGAAUCAAAUCCAAUUUGCAAGGGAGGCAGCACUUUAUGUUAUGCAAACCAAAAGUAUCGAAGAGGCUCUAAGCAUUUUCACAAAGGGCUUAGAGCCAGUGGUGGUGAGAGCUGUGACGAAGCAGGGCAAAAUGAAUAUUGCGGUGGAGUCAAUGGAAGACUGUGAUAACUUUGCAACUCAAUUGAGACUUCCAGCAGCUGGGAUUAGGAACGAUAUAGCUUCUGCACCUUUCUGA